CGGUUGCAAGCUGGGGUGCCAGGCCUGGGGUCCCCUCCCCACCCCCUCCCCCAGGAAACACUGCUGACCGUUGCAAAGAGGCUGCUGAGCUUUUUCUGCACUUUUUACAUAAGAAAAGGGGAAAAAGGAUAAAAAAAACUUUGCCACAAACUGAGCCGCAGAGCCGCCCUGCCCGCCCCCACCUCUUCCUGUUCUCUGCUUUCCCAGGCUCGGCACCAAAGCCAUAGGUGGGAGGAGGUGCCCGCCCCCCAGUGGGGUGUGGCCGAGGAGGCACUGCCAGCCCCCUGCCUGCUGGAGGCGCCAGGUCUUGGUGCCACAGAGAGCACUCCCACUGCCCAUCCCCCGGGCCUGUGGCCUGGCAGGCGUUGAGGGACCAGGGUGUUCAGAGGGUUGGGGCCAGGUGAAGAGUGUCAGGUGACUGGGGGCCCCCACUCCUGCCAGAGCCUGGGUCCAGGGUCCAGGGCUCAGAGGAGGCUGUCCCCCUCUCCUCAGCUUUGUGGGUGCCCCUUAGCGCCAGCUGCCAAGAGGAGGACCUUGGCCCCAGGGGAGGCCGGAGGGACCCGCUGGGCAAGCCAGUGCUGGCUUCGCUGGUCUGGGGGCAGGUGCAUUUAGGGUCUUGUUCUGGGCUCUUGCCCCCCAGGCUCCCAGCCAGUGCAGGAAUGUCCCUGAGGGCAGGCUGCCUUGCAGAGGGAGGGGCCGUUGGCACUCCCAGACCCUUAGGCUUGGGGGUGGGGGUGGGGGUGGGGGCCUUAGUUGGGAGGGCCUCCUGCAGGCAGGGGAAGAUCCCUGUGGGAGCAGGUGCAGGAGGCGUCCUGUCCCCUGUCCGCCCCAGCCCCCACAGGGUUCCCAGGGAGUCCGCCCCUGCGGAGUCUCCAGCUGUCUUCCAGGUGACAUGCCCGGUCGGUCCGGGUGGGGCAGCCUGGGGGUGCGGGCAGGAGAAAAUGCCCCACCGCCCCCACCCUCUAGGGUCAAGGGGACCCGAGGCUUCUGGAGGCAGGAGUGGGUGUCCCCUGACCUCCGUCUAGGGGCAGGGGCUGGUCACUCACCUUGGGAAGAGGCCAGGGGCUUGGCGGGAGGGGGGAAGGCCGGCCAGGGCAGGACAGUCCCCAGCCGGUGGGGGAGGGGGGUCUGCCCCCAGCUGCCCUCGGCUGUUUCUUCUGUUUGUUGUUUUGGCUCCCAGCCCUGUGUCCCUGUCCCCCCUCCUUUGAGCAGAAAUCCUGUCCCUGUCCCCUCUGUCCCCACCCCGUUCCCCGAGAAAAUAAGCUAUCAUUGUUGUAUUUGCAAUCUAUGGAUGAGAGGUUUAAGUAUUUAUUAUUAUUGGUUAAUGAUUCUGAUGGUCGAAUAUGUAAUCCGCCUCCCGUCCAUCUGUCUGUCGCGGCGGGUUUCUGAGGUGACCCUGGGUGCGCAAGAUGCACUGCCCCCCCUCACGCCCCCCCCGGGGGGCCACUGGCUGGGCCCCAGCUCUCUGGGGGCAGGUGCCGCGGCCGCCCCUGCCCCCGUCCUUCCCCAGGGCUGCAGCCGUCCUGGGGCUUCUGUCCUGGGGCGCGUGGAGGCUCUUGCUCUGCGUCCUGGCCCAGCUGCCCUCCUGUGCUGGGGGGACGGCCAGGCACUGGGCCAGAGCCCUCCCUGGUCACCUCCGCACACCGUCCAAGGCGCCAGCCAGUCCCCUCCCAGUCUCUCAGCCCUCCCGCCCCUCCGGCCCAUGGGCCCUGGCAUGGGGGGGGGUCCCCCAGAAUGGACCCAGCCCCCUCCUAUUAUUUGCUGGAAAGUCCAGCGGAGGAGAGGUGGCUGGUCCCCCCGCAGGGCUCCCGGUCUCUCUGGACCGGGCAGCCCACCCACCUGCCCGCCCCCCUCAGAGCCCCACCCCCAGCGCCACCCCGCCCCCCGCCCCCCCCAUCCCGCGGCGCCCACUCCCGGCCGCAGCCUGCCGGGCCCGCCGCGGCGCCCUUCAUCCUCAAAGCGCCGCAGCCCCCGGGGCUCCCGGCCCCCCGCGCGCCCUCGCAGGUCCGGGGCCGGGAGCGGAGGGCGUGGUGAGCACCUGCUCCGCGCCCAGCCCGAGGGCAUCGCGUCCCGGCCCCAGUGGGCGAACACCUGCGGCGCGGGGACGCCGCGAGGGCCCCUCGGGGAGCCCCGGGCCGCGCUUCCCCAGAUUAGGCCCGUGGGCCGGGGGGCGGGGGGCGGGAGGGUCGACUGCGAGCUCCUCGCCGGCCUCGGGCUCCCACCCUCCCGCCCCUGGAGCCCGGAGAGCAGCCCGGCAGCGCCACCUGCUGCCCGCGCCCCGGAGGGACAGCCGGGUCGCCGGCCGCGACCCCCAGCGUCCGCCGGUCCCAACGGCCCCGCAGGCUGGGAGGAAGCCUGGGAGUUGGAGGCUUCGGGCGCCUCCGCUGCCCAUAGCCUGCACCUGCUCCGGGCCUCCGCACCCGAUCGCCACACCCAAGGCAUCAGGGACACAGACGCAGUCAACCGCCGCAGCUGUCUCUCCAGCCGGAUUUCGCCCGUGGCCUUCAGCCCCGGAAAGACCAAGCCGCCGGGUGCCACGGAGGAGGGCCCUUCUGGAGGCAGCGUGUGGUGGAAGACAGAGACAGAGGUGUGUCGGCGAAUGGCAGUGGGUGAUCUCAAGUUUAAGGCCGCGGGGAGUCCAACCGCAGCUGCCUUUCCAGAUGUGGUGCCCUUCGGGGCAGCUGUUCCUCAGCUGGGAGCAGGCAACCGCUCCUCCCCACACCCCAGAGACGGAGAAGACCAGGAGCAGCAGGCUGCCUUUGCCGAGGGCCGGGGGGUGCUUCCACCGUGGCUGUCCAGGCAGAAUCUGAUUUUCUUCGGGGGCGGUAAAGGGGGCAAGGAGCUCUCUCUGCCUCUGGCACUGGCCGAAGAGACUCAGGGUGGGCCUUAG